AGAAACUUGAAUAUGACGUAUAGACUGCAUGUAGAAUGAAAGAAUAUCUUAUGUUUAUUUUGGUUGCUUUACAGAAUGGUGCACUAUCUGUGGAAGGAAGAAUACACACUAAGACAGAACAUGCUGAUCUUGGGGAGACCAUAACUUUGCAGUGUCAGAAUUCGGGAUCGUCAACGUCAUUAUGGCGACGAAAAGAUUACUUUAUAUCAGGUGGUUUAUAUAUAAACCCAAGUGCGUACGGAUACGACAGAUUAAUGAUAACUGGAGAUUCAAUGAAAGGGGAAUACAAUCUAGAAAUAUCCAAUAUAACAGAGGAAGACCUUGGUUUAUAUAGUUGCGAGGUUUUAAUCAACAACAUUGCUAAACAGACAAGAGUAAAACUUAUAUUGCACUCUCAAAUCAAUGAAACACAAACUACAGAUGAGUAUACUGCUAAAGGUAUAGAUACUUCCAGUUAUUUCUCUUUGAAUACUUUUUAG